AUGCCCCUCCACUUCCUCGACACGGUGCCAAACUACGACCAGUCCAUCCACCCAAGCAGCUACUUCGCGCGCAAGGACAACCUCCUCUCGCUACCAACACCGCCGACCUCGCCGCCGCCGACGCUCCCCUCUCCGGCCCGGCUGGCAGGUGACCCGAACCUACUCCACCCCGCACCGCUAGACCACACGGCGUACCCGCACGUCCUGGACCUCGUCCUCUCCUUCGCGCCGUACGAUGCGCUCCCCACGCUGCGCCUGGUCAGCCGCCACCUGCACGAGUACGCCUCUGCCCGCCUGUACGUGCACGUUGCCAUUGCUGUCCUACACCCGCAAAAGGGCUCCUUGGCGCGCGGGGACGUGACGCUCACUGAUCCUGUGCACCGGCGCCGCAUCCCGGGGCUGAGGUGGCGGCCUUGGCCGGAACGCUACUACCCCAUCACCUCGGACGCGAGCAUGUCUGGUUCUGCCGCCUCGCGCAAGCCCGAGCCCGAGCCGACCGCCGAGAUGCUGCAAGCGCGCGAGCAGCACGCCCGCACCGUCGCCCGCAUGCAGGCCCACACGCGCAUACUGGACAACUUCAACCUCUACGCGGGGAGCAUUUGCAGCCGGGACUGGGCCGACCUGACGGCGCUCGUGCGGCCCGAGACGAUCGUGCGCACGGCCAAGUUCCUCGGCAUCGACGUGCCGCGCCACUGCGCUUUGCAGAUCGCGUUCGGCGACCUGUCCAUGUGUUACCCGCGCGCGUCGCGCUGCGCCAGCCUCAACUGGUGGGAGAACCCCACGCAUGCGUGGGUCAACAACUGGUCCUCGGCGCGUGUGGUCCUCAGCAUGCGGUACGUGCCGCGCGACCCGCACCUCCGCUGGCGCGGGCUCAACUUUGCGCGUGUGCGCGCGCUCGACGAGCUCGUGAUUCUCUUCCGGCCAUACACGUCGCGUAUGCUCGAGACGUUCGUCCCGGACCACGACGCCCGCGCGCAUCGCGGCACGCCCCGACGCGUGCUCGGCAUGCUGCAUUCCAUGGUCGGCGCGAUGGCGUGUAACCUUCCUGCGCGCGAGACGACAUGGACGCUCGUCGGUCUCGAGAACGCCGACCUCCACUCGCUCGAGCUUGAAGGCAGCGGAGAUUGGGCGUCACGCCGCGAGAUCAUUAGACACGCCAUCGAAGAGGCAGUCAUGGAACGCGACUGGACCCGGCCCGGCUUCACUGGCGACUGGGACAGGGGCGAGGGCGACAUCCGCGUGCCCCCGCUCCGCCUGCUCACGGUCGACGAGUGGCGCGCCGAGGUGGGCGAGGAGGUGUUUGGGCUGUCGACGGAUCAGCCCGAGGGCAUGCACGAUAUCCUGCACCCAAAGUACUUGUAG